AGGUGACACCAGCAGGUGAAGAGUGUCCACCCUGCAGUAGCAGGAGAACAGACAGCAGAGCUUCAGCUGUAGAACCGUUUCGACGCUCCACUCACCUGAACUGAACUUGGUGUCCAAAGUGGGACAAGUCGACCAUCCAGCUCUGAGGGACCGACAGAGAUUGGUGCCAAAGUAGCUGUCUUCCUGGAGACACCGGACAGCACUCCUAUCACCGAACCAUAAGUCCAGCCAUGAGGUGGCGCUGUCCUUCUCUUCCUCUCUUCCUCCUCUUCUCUUCCCUCACGCUCUUUGUGGGGACAGCAACAGUUUCAGGAUUCAGGAUCUGCUCCUACAAUGUGCAGCGUUUCGGCCCCAACAAAAUGGCAAACCACAGAAUCAGAUACACUCUGACACGGGUCGUCUCUCGCUGUGACAUCUGUCUCCUGCAGAACGUGGUGGAUCCCACCGGCGAGGCCAUCAAUAGUCUGCUGUCAUCCCUCAACAGGAGAUUUAUCAGGCGUGACAAGUACCGCUACCAGUCUGUGUCCAGUGGGAGUCUAGGAAACUCUUCUGCUGACAUGCAGCAGUAUGUUUUCCUCUACAGGGCCCAGUCAGUGGCUGUGACGGGUCGGUACCAGUACGAGAACAACCAGUCUUUCGUGAGACCGCCGUUUGUCGUUCAGUUCCACAGCAAUAAAACUGAAAUCAAGGAUUUCAUUUUAGUGCCUCUGCACAGUGACCCUGAUCGGGCCGUCCAGGAAAUCGACCAACUUUACGAAGUCUUUCAGGCAGUCAUCAAGAAAUGGAACAACAAGAAUGUGAUGUUCCUGGGAGAUUUCCACGCCGCCUGUGCCUACGUGACCCGAUCUGACAAGAUAAACAUCAGACUGUUCACCAACACCAAUUUCACGUGGUUGAUCGGAGACAAAGUGGACACCACCGUCAUGGGCAAGGUCAGCUGUGCUUAUGACAGGAUUGUGGUGUACGGGCAGCCCUUCCUGGAGGCGAUCAUCCCAUUUUCAGCACAGGUCUUCAACUUAGCCAAAGAGUUCAAAAUCCCCAAUACCAAGGUGCUGGAGGUGAGUGACCACUUCCCUGUGGAGGUGACACUAAAGAGCUCCGCCCUUCUGCCUCAGAUCACGCCCCUUCUGAUCCUGCUCAGUGUGUCUGCGCUCAUGCAGUCCUUCAUGUCUGCUCUGUGAUCGUCUGAUUGAGUCUGUUCACCUGCAUGUCCAGUCUCUGAUCACUAGGGGGGGCUAAUUAUCAGUUCACCUGCCUUAGUGGUGAACUUCUGUGUUUGUCUUUUUUCUUUUCUUAGAAUGAAUUGACACAUGUGCUUUAAGGGAUUUAUAUGUUCCUGCUGUUUUUUCUCUCAGGAAUCAAAAGUACUAAAAUGCAGUGAAACGGUGAACAAAUCAGCCAGUGCUGCAAACACUUAAAACACUGUGAUGUGCUUUACCACUACUUUUCAGGCUUUUUUUAUUUUUUCUACUGUGAAACCUGGCUCAGACAAAGUGAAGGAGUUGAUGAUAACAGUGACACUAUCACACAGUCAUAAUCACAGCACAUAGACUUUUAAAUCAGCCAAUUUUGUGCCUCAGACUCCCAGAAAACCACUGGUACUCUGCUUUAAGUCCCAAUAUUUAACAUUUAUAACCAGAAUAUUGUACAAACAUUUAAGAAAUGGUUUAUAACAGGCACCAGUUUACAAGUGUAAGGUUAUUUAAGUGUUAAUGUACAGUAUUUGUCAGCAAUUAUGUUUCUUCUGAAGACAUAUUUGAUGUUAUAUUGUCUUUCAUUGCCUGUUUAUACAGCAGCCUCCACAUCUAGAUGUUAGUGUGGCCAAACACGUUAAUCUGCUAUAAACCAUUGAUUACAUGAUUUACUGCUGACAUGCCAACCUAAAGGGACUUGAAAUGAACUGUUACCACUGCAGUGUAUUACAGCUUGGGAUUUAUUUUUCUAGUUUUCUCUUCGUAAAGAUUUUACACAACAUGAAUGGAUUGUUCCUUUAACACUUUUUAGCAGGUGAAUAAGAAACCUGUUGUUGAUUUUUAGAGAAAUGUUUUCCAUCAUUUGUGUGUUGCCACCUUAAGCCUGUUCCACUCUGUACAGAAACUGAUAUAAAUAGCUGGAAUGUGUUUAAGGUGUUUUUUAAAAGAUUCAGUAAAGUCUUUUUUUUUAAUAUUUAUGAUAUUGUCAUUGCAUGCUACCUGUUGACUGCUCUAAAGCCAGGCCAUAUUACAUAGACACACAUUUUUAUAAAAUGUUUCUGGAAGA